AUGCCAUCUGACAUGACAUAUCCAAUGCAAUCAGAGAAAUGUCUUAAGCAUGGCCAUUUCAUGCACAACCUAAAUACGAGCGCAGCAAAGAGUAUCUUCUGGGUUCUUUUCCUAAUUGUUCUCAUCAUGUUAACCGUUGCAACGAGUGCCUUUACUAAAAUCCUCGCUGCCGGACCAUUAACACGGGUACCCAGACACAUCAAAAACGCAGAAUUACAUCCGACAAUUUCUAGAGAUCUCUGCCCAAGACGGCUCUCCAUCAGUAAAGAGAAGCAUCGUCGCACUCAAAUUCGAUGCAUCUGUGUCUCUUCUCUCUGUCUCGUUGUCGCAAUUACCUGCACAGUCUUCGAAGCUUUCGCCGCAUCCACUCUUAUUUUCUGCCAUCAAUCAGAUAUGGUCUUCCUAUAUUGGUCAUUCUGGACUUUGCUUCAAGUUGGUAGUACUAUUGCAAUUUUCGGUAUUGGAUUGGCACAGUUGUAG